AUGAAAGAGUGUGAACAACUGGUAAAAAAACUGGCUUUGAUUCAGCAACAAUGUAUUCGAUCAACAUUUCCUGACAUCAUUGAGCGAUUGAAAGAAGAAAUCCAAACGAAAAAAAAACAACUCAAGGAUUUACCAAUUCCAAUAACAUCGGAAAUGGAAUGUUUAGCGAAAUUCAACGAAAUGACCAAUGUCUAUCGAGAAAGUAUCUACGCUAAAGUCCAGGGAAACUAUAAAAAUGAAUUGAUGUCGAUGAUCGUUAACGGUGGCGCAACGGUUUCUCCUCGGUCUUCUACUAACGAUACAGGUAAAAAUGACGAACGAAUCUCUUAUCGGUUAUACAAAUUUCAAGAGAAGCUUCAGGAGAAGAUAAAUAUAUGUUUUUCCAAUUUUUUCACUCCUGAAUACAACAAACUAGUGUUAGCCUACAUCGAGGAAACAGCCGGUAUUACAUUACCAAAUUUUCCUUCUUUCCAAGUUAUUGAACGAUUAUUCACCAAUGAAGAUUACAAGUUGAAAGAACCGUGUAUGAACUUGGUUAAGGAAACAAAAGAGUAUAUGACGCAGACAUUACUAUCGUUAUUUGAUCGAACUUUUGUUGUUACCAAUUAUCCUGCGCUCAUUCAUCGUUUAAGAGAUGUAAUCGUUCGUGAUACGGAAUUGGCCGAACAGAAGUGUUUAGAACGCGUUCAAGACACUUUAAUCAUGGAACGACAUAUAUUUACGCUAAACCAUUAUUACAUGAAUACGGUCAACUCAUUGAAACGAAAAUAUGAAAUAGACCAGCAGCAGAAUAAAGCAAACAAAAAAACAGCCACGGCACCAACACCGGUAUCUAUAGGAUUUAAAGAGCCAAUUCCAGUUCCUCAGCCAGUACCUGCAGAUAUUUGUUCGCUAAUAGACGGGGUUCAGUUCCAUUUUUCCGAUGUAUCAAACGAGUCACAAGCUGCCGUCGACAUCCAAAUAGCAAUGCAUGCUUAUUGCAAAGUGGUGAAAAAGCGUGUCAUUGAUCAAGUUUCACAAUUAUGUUACCAUUUCUUUGUCACCAACUGUGCGCUUUUGAUGCAUAUAACAUUGAGUAAUCAAUUCAAAUCCACCGAUUUACUGGUGCUAAUGGCUGAAUCGGUAGAACAAACACAAAAACGAAAUGAAAUAAAAGCAAGUAUCAAAGUCUUUGAGGAGGCUUUAAACAAAGGUCUGGAAUUUCUUUGA